CCCUCGGCAGGCAGGGGGAGGGGCGCUGUGCCAAGAGGACGGUGCCAGGCACACAGGGCGCUCCUGGAUGUGCAGAGUUCUCCUCACAAGCUUCCCAGGAAUCCCAUCUACCCUGAGGUUGAUGAGUUUGCCUUGGGAGUCCUCGAGCAGGUGAAACCAGAGGCCGCCAUGGGUCAGAAGGUCACUGGAGGGAUCAAGACUGUGGACAUGCGGGACCCCACCUACCAGCCCCUGAAGCAAGAGCUCCAGGGCCUGGAUUACUGCAAGCCCACACGGCUGGACCUGCUGCUGGACAUGCCGCCGGUGUCCUACGACAUCCAGCUGUUGCACUCUUGGAACAACAAUGACCGCUCGCUCAACGUUUUCGUCAAGGAGGACGACAAGCUGAUCUUUCACCGGCAUCCGGUGGCUCAGAGCACAGACGCCAUCCGGGGCAAAGUCGGGUACACAAGGGGGCUGCACGUGUGGCAGAUCACGUGGGCCAUGCGACAGCGGGGCACACACGCCGUGGUGGGCGUGGCCACGGCAGACGCCCCACUGCACUCUGUUGGGUACACGACCCUCGUGGGGAAUAACCACGAGUCCUGGGGCUGGGACUUGGGACGCAACCGGCUGUACCACGACGGCAAGAACCAGCCGAGCAAAACAUACCCGGCCUUUCUGGAGCCAGAUGAGACAUUCAUCGUCCCCGACUCUUUCCUCGUGGCCUUGGACAUGGAUGACGGGACCCUGAGCUUCAUUGUGAACGGACAGUAUAUGGGAGUGGCUUUUCGGGGACUCAAGGGCAAAAAACUGUAUCCUGUAGUGAGUGCCGUCUGGGGCCACUGUGAGAUCCGCAUGCGCUACUUGAAUGGACUUGAUCCCGAGCCCCUGCCACUCAUGGAU